AUGAGUAAUCCAAUUCGUUAUGUUACCAAGGUCGACUUGAACAAGCCAGGUGACGAACAACCUCAAGUACACAACAGAUGGCACCCAGAUGUUCCCUUUACUGAAACCAUCAAGCAGGGUGAAACUGUCAAAAUUGAGUGUUUGGACUGGACAGGAAACCAGAUAGUCAAUUCGGACGACGCAGACGAUAUCAAGAACGUGGACUUAUCUAGAAUCCACUAUUUAUCUGGGCCAUUCAACAUUGAAGGAGCCAAACCUGGAGAUGUCCUUGUCGUAGAAAUCAAAGAUGUGCAACCUUUAGAUAGACAGCCAUGGGGUUACUGUGGAAUAUUCCAUAAAACUAACGGUGGAGGGUUCCUUGACAAAUUCUAUCCUGAAGCAGCCAAGGCUAUAUUCGAUUUGGAAGGUAUCCAUGCUACAUCUAGACAUAUCCCCAAUGUCAAAUUCACUGGUCUUAUUCAUCCUGGCAUUAUGGGGACAGCACCUUCUGCUGAAGUAUUGGCUGAAUGGACUGCACGUGAAGGAAAACUAGUUGCUGCAGAGCAGCAUGCGCACGAUACCGCGGUUGCAAAUCUUCCCCUUUCAGUAAAUGCCCAUGGAGGCCUGGCAACUGGCGAUUUGGCUGAAAAGAUAGCCACUGAAGGAGCACGCACCAUUCCUGGAAGACCCGAACAUGGAGGUAACUGCGAUAUCAAGAAUCUCUCCAGAGGCUCCAAGUGCUAUUUCCCAAUCUACGUUGAUGGCGCCAAGCUUUCUGUAGGAGACUUGCACUUCUCACAAGGUGAUGGUGAAAUAUCCUUCUGUGGAGCAAUUGAGAUGCCUGGAGUACUCACCAUCAACUGUAAAGUCAUCCCUGGAGGAAUGGAAAAGUUGUCUUUGAAGUCUCCCAUGUUCAUUCCAGGAGAUGUCCCCAACCAGUACGGCCCUUCCAGAUACUUGACUUUUGAAGGUUUCUCAGUUGACGAGGAAGGUGAACAGAAGUUCUUAUGUGCUACUACAGCCUAUAGACAAGCCUGUAUCAGAGCAAUUGAAUACUUGAGAAGAUUUGGUUACAACGAUUACCAGAUUUACUUAUUCUUGUCAACUGCUCCAGUAGAAGGACAUAUUGCAGGUAUUGUUGAUGUUCCAAAUGCAUGUACUACUCUUGGAAUUCCAAUUGAUAUCUUUGAAUUCGAUAUCAGACCUGAAGCUGAGCCAGUCAAAAUCGAUCAGGGAAAUUGCGCUUUCGUAAAGGGGACAGAUCAUCCUGUGACGUAUGACUUCAAGGAUUUCAUAAAGUGA